AUGUAUAAUCCAUACCAACAACAGGGAAUGGGGUAUAAUCCCCAACAACAACAACAGCCACCACCUCAACAACAACAAGGUGGUGGUUUUGGCUAUAAUUCUUAUCAACAACCACAAUACACUCAACCACAAAUGUUCUCACAAGCAACUGGAUUCAUUCCACAACAACCAAACUUGUACGGAUCUAAUUUCCAAAAUCCCAUGGGAAUUGCCACUCAACCAACUGGCUACAUGCAACCUCAACCUCAACAGCAGCAAGCUCAACCUCAACAGCAACAGCAACAACAGCCAAUGUUACAAGCUCAGCAAACAGGUUAUAUUCAAACUCAACCUACUGGAUUUGGAGGAGCUGCACCAGUAGUUACUGAAAACAGUGAAUUGAAGAUUCCUAACAUGAGAUUGUCUUUCAUCACCGCUGAAGAUCAAAAGAAAUUUGAACAUUUGUUCAGAACUGCCGUGCCAAAGGGUGAACAAUCAAUUACUGGAGAUGCUGCUAGUAGUAUUUUAUUGAGAUCCGGUUUACUGGCCGUGACAUUAGCAGAGAUUUGGACAUUAUCAGAUAUCGAUAAGACUGGUGCAUUAUUGUUCCCAGAGUUUGCAUUGAGUUUACAUUUAUGUAGUAUGGCAAAAAGAGGUGAACCAUUACCUGGUUUACUUCCUGAAAAAUGGCGUAAUGAAGUUCAAAGUUUUAUGGAUCAAAUCAAUUUCAGUAUUCCAGAUGAUCCUUCUAAAGUUUUAGCAAAUACUCCAUUUGCCAGUUUUGCCCCACAGAAGGAUGAUUGGUUAGCACCACAAACUACUGGAUUCAAUUCCCAAGGUCCACCUCCAAUGACUUCAUUCCAACCACAAGCAACUGGUUUCGGUGGGUUAGUUUCUCAACAAACUGGUGGUAUGCCAAUGCCUACUACUUCGUUUGGUGCCCCACCUUUAACUGCACAAAGGACCGGUGGUGGCACAUUGAUUCCAUUGCAACCACAACAAACUGCUGGUUUGAUCCCAGCUCAAAAGACUGGACCAUUACAACAACAAAGAACAGGUGGUCUUCCACAACAAACCACAGGUUAUAAUGCUCAACCAGUGUUGCAACAACAAAGAACCGGCGGAUUACCUCAACAAACUACUGGCUACAAUGCCCAACCAUUGCAACAACAAAGAACUGGAGGAUUAGUCCCACAAACUACUGGUUAUCAACAACAAAUGCAAUCUCAAGCCACUGGAGGUUUUGUUCCAACUACUUCAUUCCAACAACCUCAACUUACUGCUCAAAGAACUGGUCAAAUGUUACAAUCUCAACCAACUGGACCAUUACAAGCUCAACCAACCGGUAGACCAGGGGAAUGGGGAUUUGUCUCUAUGCCAACUGGUGGUAUUCCCGGUUUGAAUGCUAUGCAACAACAUUUCUUGCCAAACACUCAAUUGCCAACAUCCAAUUUGCAUAGUGCUAUGGAUACUAGUUUGAAGAGCAAUGUUACUUGGGCAAUUACCAAACAAGAAAAGCAAAUCUAUGAUGGACUUUUCCAAGCUUGGGAUAACCAAAAAAGAGGAUAUGUUGAUUCUACAGUUGCUUUGAAUGUUUUCACAAAAUCUGGUUUGAGCAGACCAGAUUUAGAAUCUAUUUGGACUUUAGUUGACACUGAUGAUACUGGUAAAUUGAACAAGAACCAAUUUGCUGUAGCCAUGCAUCUUAUUUAUAGAAGAUUGAAUGGGUAUGAUAUUCCGUUGAGAUUGCCACCUGAGUUGGUUCCACCAGCUGAUAGAACAUUGAGAGAUACUAUGGACUCAUUGAAGAACUCUUUGAAAGGAGGUUCCACCAACAAGCCUGUGAAGCCACCAAAGCCACAGACCAAACCUGAUGGUACUAGAUUUAAGAACAAUGAUGACAGUUUUGGUUACGUUUCCAAUGCUCGUCAUAGAAGAAAGUCAACCGAUAUUCACGAUACUGGUUCAAAAUCAAGUUUGAAGACUUCAUCUGAUUCUGAUUUGACCAUUGAAGAUAUGAAGAAGUUAAUCCAUGAGAAAAAGAUUUUGUUGGAUGCCAUCGAUACUGAAGAUCAAGCAAACAACUACUCCAGACUGAGUAUCGGAAGUCAAGAUCAACAAGUUAUUGAGAAUUUGAAGAAACAAAUCAUGGAUACUCAAUCUAGAAUUGACGAACAAGGAGUCGGUAGUGCAUCCAAUGAAGAAAAGAAACAAUUGUCUAAAACUUUGGAUCAUUUGACUAGAGAUAUUGUUCCUAGAUUGAUUUCUGAUAUCCACAAAGUUAAUCAAGAAAUUGCCAAAAAGAAAGUUGAAUUGGUUAAAUUACAAUUGCAAAAGGAAAAUCCAUCAUGGAAUCCAGAAGAUGAUGAAUCCCAAAUUGUAGGUACUGGUCCAAAUGGUGAAGUUACUGAUUAUGACAGAAUCAAAUUUCAAUCUCGUAAGAAGUUGAACCAAAGAAUGGCUGCCUUGACUGGUAAAUCAACUGGUGGAAAUUCUGAAUUGGACUUUAAAUUGAAGGAUGCAUCUGAAAAAGCACAAGCUGAAGCUAACAGUCAAUCAGAAAUGAUUAAAGAUAUCGGUGCAGGAAUCAAGGCUAUUGAAGAUGAAUCUGCUAGCAAGCUUAAUGUUUCUGUUACUCAAGAUGCUGGUAGUGAUAAAUGGGAAAAAGGUGUAGGUAUUUCUGCUGAAGUUGCUAAAUUUGUCAAAGAUUUACAAGCAUUUUCUGAACAACAAAGCCGUAACAUUGCCCAAUCCAAAGCUGCCGAGCAACAUAAACAAGAGGAAUUGGCCAAACAAAAGGCUGAUCUCACUGCCAGUCAUAGCAAUUCGUCGUCUCCAGCUACCAGGGCUGCUUAUACUACUCCAGAAGAGAGAGCAGCAUACAUCAAGGAACAAGCCGAAAAGAGAAUGAAUGAAAGAUUGGCUAAACUCGGAAUUACUAGAAGAGGUAAAAGUGCAUCUUCUGAAUCUGUUCCACAGGUUCCAAGAAAGCCAGAACUGGCCCCAGCUCAAAAGACAGAACCAGCACCUGUAGCAGAAGCUACGCCAAAAGCAGUUGAACCAACUCCUCAAAAGGUUGAAACUCCAAAACCACAACCUGUUGAAACACCAGCUGCAGUUAACAAUACAAAAGUUGAAGAAGAAGAAUCUUCUGACGAUGACGAUGAUGAAGAGUAUAGGGCCAUGUUGAAACAAAAACAAGAAAUGGAAGCUCGUGAAAAGGAAAGAAAAUUGCGUAAGCAAAAGGCCAAAGAAGAGAGAUUGGCCAAGAUUAAGAGAGAGAUGGAGGAAAUGAAGAAGAGAGAGCAACAAGAAAGCGAUGAUGAUGAAGAAGAGGAAGAAUCUGUUCCUGUUACUACUGUUCCAGUUUAUAAACCAAGUAGUCAAGAGUCUGUUUCCAAAUCGGUUGAAGAGCCUAAGAAAGAGGAAUCAGUUGCUGAGCAGCCAAAACCAGCCCAACUGACUCAUGAUAAUAACCCAUUUGCUAAAAUGAACAACAAUUCUCAACAGCAACAGCCAUCUGCAAGUACUACAGGUGGUAAUAAUCCAUUCUUCAAACCAACUACUCAAGAAACAGGAAUUGAUCCAAAGAAGGCGGCUGCUCAAAGAGCUUCUCAAAGAGGUAUUUCUAGUAGCAGUGGUUGGAGUGAUUCUGAAGAUGAAGAAUCAGAGGAUGAUACUCCAAAUAGAGCAGGUGCAGCUCAAUUGGCUAGUUUGUUAUUUGGUGGUAUGCCACAACCUCCAACCAGAUCUGAUUCGAAUCUUGAUAAGCAGGUAGAAACUCGAGCUGAAGAACCUAAACAACCAGUGGUCGUUGAUGAAUCUAAAAAUGAUAGUUAUGUGAACAUUCCUUCAUCUUCAUCAACUGGUGAUUUUGAAACUCCUGAACCUGCUUCUCAGUAUUCUUCAAACGAAGUGGCACCAGCAGUGUCAGAACAAGCACAAGCAGUGCCAGAUCAAGCACCACCAGUGCCAGAACAAGCACCACCAGUACCAGAUCAAGCACCACCAGUGCCAGAACAAGCACCACCAGUACCAGAGAUUGCACCACCAGUGCCAGAACAAGCACCACCAGUACCAGAGAUUGCACCACCUAUUCCAAGUUCAAUCCCUCCACCUCCACCUCCACCAGCACCUCCAGUUCCUGGCCAAGAAUCAGGAUACUCUGAUUCAGUUCCACCACCAGCACCUCCAUUCCCAUUUCCAGGUCAAACAGGUGCAGCUCCCCCAGCACCACCUCCACCUCCUCCACCAGCACCUCCAGCAGGCGGUUUCAAUGAUUCUGGUGCAUCUGCUGCUCCAUCUGGCGGUGCACCAAACAUCAGUGCUUUACUUGGACAAAUCACGGGUGGUAAAUCAUUAAGAAAAGUGGAAACUAAAGUAUCAUCUGGAGCCACAGUUGGUAGAGUAUUAUAA